AUGGUUAUGCCUAUUCCUUCCCUACUUUGCUCUCUUCAAAUUCUCUUAAUCAUAACUUUAAUAUCUCAAACAAUAGCUGUACUUGUAUAUGACAAAAUAAACAAUUCCCACUAUAUUUGUGAUCAAAGCAACAACAAAGCUAACUACACAACCAAUAGCACCUACCACAAAAACCUUAACACACUUUUAACCACCCUCACUUCCAACACAGAUAUCAACUACGGUUUCUACAAUUUUUCAUUCGGUGAAAACAACGACAAAGUCUAUUCAAUUGGACUCUGCCGAGGCGAUCUUUUGCCGAGUGAUUGUCGCACUUGUCUCAACGGCUCAAGAGAAAAUCUCACAACCGUUUGUCCAAAUCAAAGAGAAGCAAUUUUUUGGUCUGAAAACGAAAGAUGCAUGUUGCGUUACUCCAACCGGUUAAUAUUAGGUGUCAUGGAAGAUGCUCCCUAUUUUUUCUCGAAUAACUUGAAUGAUUCAUCCGAUGUUGUUUUGUCUAACGAAGUUGUUACGUCUUUGUUGAAUGAUUUGACAAGUAGAGCUGUGAAAGGUGAUUCUAGGAUUAAAUACGCUGCUGGAAGUUUACCUGGUCCUACGCCCGAGGUUAUAUAUGGUUUGGUUCAGUGUACACCUGAUUUGUCUCAAACUGAGUGCAAUUCAUGUUUGUCUGAGAAUCUUCAACAAAUUCCAAGUUGUUGUAAUGGUAAGAUUGGUGGAAGAGUUGUAAGGCCUAGUUGUAAUAUGAGAUUUGAAACAUCUUUUCUUUUCUAUCAACCUAGAGCAUCGCCACCGCGGUCUUCUCCAGCUAACACCACUGGUAGUAACACUAAACCUUGUUACUGUUGA